AUGUCUGAAAUCGAAUGUUCAGGUGAGAUGAAAUUCGACAUGUCUAAGUCAGAAAUCUUACUAGAAACCCUAACAAAUCUAUUAAAAAAAACCCAUGAAUAUUUUAUUGACACCACAACUACACUGAUGCACCAUGAUUUAGCCCACGAUAUCCCAGCUUCUAAAGUAAAAGUUACCUUGCAAAAUGGAAAAUAGUGAGAUUUACUUCAGCGCUUGCAAACAAGUAGGUAGAAUCCAAAGGAAACAAGAAAGCCAAGAGUCAACUAUCACUGCAGAAGCCAUUUGUGCGACGGAGACUUUGGACGAUCCUUCUGUUAUGCUUGAAAUGAUGGGGUAUAAGACGAUCUCAAGCGUAACAAAAACAGGAAGCUUGUGAAUAACAGAGUCAGGGACAAAGGUAUUUUUGUACUCAAAUCAGCAAUUUUCAUUUGUGUGUAUUAUUUGUGUUUGCUUGUCUAGUGAUAUAGAUGAAGCAUUUGGAAACAUCAGAGAGCUUUUUCAACAAAUAUCUCAAAAGGUAAAUAAUUAA